CUACGAGCGUGUGUGCACACGGUUUAAAAAAACUCCCCGUACCUGCCUGCCUGCCUGCCGUCUCUACAUACUUCGAGUUUUUCUUUUCCUUCACGAGUCAAACGGUCGUUCAGUUCAGUCUCUCGCUCACCACCACCAACGGCCGUCUGUCUUGGCGACGCAAGGCAGCACACGUCCACGUGUCAUACGACGACGCGCCCAGCACCACCUCGAGUUCAAAUAGCCGCCCGGCUCUGACUCCGAUGAUGUUGUCCCUUCUCACCGUCAUCCCGUCCUUCGCGAUGAACACUGUAUCCACCUACGGUUGGACCGCCGUCAAGGCCUUUUGCGUGCUGCUGGCUCUCGCAAAUAUCAAGAGUCUGCCGCUGACAUGGCACUUCCGUUUCUACCGCUCACUCUACUUCCACUUCAUGUUCCACCGGCGGGUGCAGCCGUCACCCCAGCACCUAUUCUCUCCCGUCACGACAACAUCUCGCAGCAGCACCUACGAGUGCGACUUGAACGGGCACAAGUCGAACAGCACGUACUUCUCUGACCUGGACAUCGCGCGGACGCACCUCGUGUGCCACUUGACGAAGCCGUCGUUCGCGCUGCGCAAGUCGCGCAACCAGCCGCUGAUGUACGUCGCCCUCGCCGGCGUCACCGCACUGUUCAAGAAGGAAAUCAAGCCGUUCCAGAAGUACACCGUGUCGUCGCGCAUCCUGGGCUGGGAUAAUAAGUGGAUCUUUGUAGUCAGCCACUUCACCGGCGGAAGGGAUAAGGACGGGAAAAGAGUGGUCUUUGCGAGCUGUCUGAGCAAGUACGUCUUCAAGAGUAAGCGCCGCACCGUCUCCCCCGAGAUCGUGCUGCGCGAGAGUGGGCUGAUCCCCGAGGGUCCCGAGGGCACAGGCGAGGUCCAGGCUAGCGGCGGGAGCAGCGGCGUGGAUACGCCCGUGGGAUUGCAGGAGGGGCGGAUGGGUGAGAAUAGGUUGGAGGAUGUGGUGGAGCGCAUGACGAGGGUGGAUAGGGUGCAGGAGGAUGCCGAGAGGGAGGCGGUGCAGGGGAAGAACUCGAAAGAGGAGGGGUACUGGACUUGGGAGAGGAUCGAGGAGGAGAGGAGGCGGGGGCUGGAUCUCGCGAAGCACAUGCUCAUGCUCGAUGGACUGGUGGAUGAGCAUAGAGAGGGCACCGAGGAGGGACACGAGAAGGUCGGGCCGUUCUUCGAUUGCUGGUAGGCGUAGGCAAGUAGGGGGAGGUGCCUAUUACGUUUGUGGGUUGUAGAUGAGAUAUAGAUUGGCGACUGCUCGGUAAUACCGUAGUAAUCCGAUUGUAUUGUUUCACAUUUUCGUACAUGUAUCCUCUCGGG